AUGCCCGCCUAUUGUAUUACAAUAACCAGAGAUUAUUUUGGGCUACUAUGCCUUAUGGUAUGUCUUUGCAUAAGUGAAUCAAAAGCUCAAUGCCCAUGGCAAGCAGAUCAAUCAUCUGCAGAACUUCAGUCAUCCUGUAUAUGUUCUACAAAUAUGGCACAAGAAUUAUCCAUUCAGUGUGAUCUUGUGAAUUAUGAAAUAUUAAUGCAAACACUCGAUAAAUAUUCAAAGCUUACAUUGGACUUACUUUAUAUAAAUAAUAGCUCAGUUAAAACUAUCGAAGAUUCUAGUUUCGCUAAUCUUAAAAUCCACAACUUACAGUUAUCGGGYUGUCAAAUACAAACAAUAUCACCGACAGCGUUUAAAGGACUAGAACUUUAUUUAAGAMACUUAAGUUUACAAGACAAUAAAAUAGACGAAAUACCUAAUUUAGAAGGACUUAUUAACUUAACAUUAUUGGACCUUUCAAGAAAUCGAAUUUCAAGAGUUCCAGAUGAUGUGUUUGCUUCAUUAAAAAAUUUACAAACAAUAAAAUUAGCAGAUAACAACCUCACGUUAUCUAAAAAUGCAUUUAGAGGUCUAGAAAAUAGUCUGAAGAAUUUAAAUCUAAAAGGAACAAAUCAGAAAUCUUUACCAKAGUGUAUAAGAAGUUUAAAAAAUUUAGCAUUUUUAGAUUUAGCUCAAAAUAUUUUAAGUGAAUUACCGGGAACUUCUGGGCAUAUUUUUCAAGGAUUAGGAGCUUUGACAGCUCUCAAUUUAGAAAGAAACGUAAUUCAGUCUUUGGGAGAAUUUACAUUUGAUAGUGUCAAAAAUACCCUAAGUUCACUAAGUUUGCUCAAUAAUUUACUCACCGAAUAUCCAACUUUAGCUAUUAGUAAACUGCCAGAACUUAGAGUUUUAGAUCUUGGUUUUAACCUCAUUAAAGAAAUACCAAAUGACGCGUUCCUAGCAAAUCCAUCUUUAACCUUACUAGCGUUAGAUGGAAAUCCAAUCGAAACUAUUCCUAAAAAAGCAUUUACCCAUCUAAACACUACAUUGCGUGGGUUAAGCUUAGGAGGACGAUACUUGCAGUGCGAUUGCCGGAUUCGAUGGGUUAUAGAAUGGAUAAAAAACAGCGAUUUACAAGUGACCAGCAGAGAAAGAAAUCCACAGUUUUGUGCUAAUCCAUCAUUUCUCAAAAACAAACAUUUCUAUAAAAUCGAUCCUUCAGAAAUGGUAUGCGAUAACGAUCAAAGUUCUUCUGAUGCGUCGGCGAUGUUAGAAACUAUUAUAGAGGAAGAUGAUGAAGAUUCCCAACAUCCGAUUGGAACUGGUGUCGGAUAUGCUAGUCCUACAAUUGUUUCCCCAGAAAUAUUACCUACUUCGAAAAAUAAAUUUAAAAAGAAUCCUCCRAUAGCAGAAGUAGAAGUCGUAAAAAACACUAAUUCAUCUGAAUUACUUGGAAUUAUAGAAACUACAAGAACUAUUCCUUCGACUACUGAGACCACGACCAUUGCAAUUGAAACAACAACAAAGUAUUUUGUACAAAACACUACAAAUACUAAACCAAUGAACACAAGUCGUAAAAACAAUUUAGUUAUAACACGACCACAGUCAGUACAAACAUCCCAGAAACCACCAUUAAUACUAGGUUCUUAUCCUAAAAAGCAAGUUCAAGAAGUCAUCAUAAGGAGUGUACACAGGCAAGAUAAUUCCGUUAUAAUUCAAUGGGAUUCCGAAACAGCAAAUAUCUUAGGAUUCCGAGUGGUAUACAGGCUUUUUGGGGACCGCACUUUCAAGCAGGGCCCACCUCUCGAAACCAGUGAACGAGAGUUUAAAAUUAAAAACGUGCCAUAUCAGGAAUGUAUUAUCGUGUGCGUCAUAUCUCUGGAGGAAAUUACCAUCACGCCUGACACGGUCCCGUACAGCCAGUGCCGGGAAAUAAGGACAGCGGUUACAAUGACCAGUAACAUGGACAGAAUAACGAUUGCAGCAAGUGCAGCCAUAUGUGGCACGGUCUUGAUCGCGGUCGUCGUGUUCAUUGCGGCGAGCAAGAGUCGAGCCAAAAAGCUGCGAACGUUGCACAAUGCGGUAGCGUCCGGCCAUCCAAACAAAUCCGGCAUCCCGGUGGGCACCUUACCGGCKAACUGCUACGCAGGACCAAACGCAGCCCAGAUGUCCUCUUUGGCCGCCCUAAAUGCGUUCAACAGUCACAAGGAUUGGGAUCAGGGUUCGGUGUACAGCAAUCGGAGUUUAAACCCGUCCCGAAUGUACCGAAUGGCCGAUAGCAGACAAGGUUCACGUCAUUGCCCACAGAAUUUUCCAGAGCUAUCUUUUCUAGCCAAUCAGCCACAACUUUAUAACGGAUGCUAA